AUGAGUGAUCCUGCGGAUCUGCGACGCGCCGCUGCGCAGAGGCAGGCAGCUACUAAGCGACGGCGGCAGCGUCUCUUAUCAGCCAGUGACAACGGCGCCAUUGUGGAGUAUGAGCCUGUUAUGUCUUGCACUGCCGCAGCACCAUCUCGGCGCAUUUCCCUUCCACCACGUCACACUCUUACACGCCCUCAACUCUUCAAGUACUACAGGCUAGUCACCGGGGGCGAGCCAUUCUCGAUGCAGUGUGAUCCCAAAGAGGAGGGCUAUAACUACAGCUGGUUCACUCCAGCCAGCACUGAACGAAGGAAGAAAACAGUAAAAGGCCGACGCCGUUUGCAAGAGGCCCUCGUUGUGGCUAGGGAUUCACGAAGUGCUCUGGAAGGGGGUGUCAGAGGUGUUUUUGACUCCGGCCACCUUUAUUCCCCGAUUUGCCGCCGGUUUAUAAAGGCUCCUGAAGAGAACGCCAUCGUUGAUGCUCACAAAUUGAUGAUAAACCAAUGCGUAGGGAAUGCUGGAGACGUGGACACAACUAUUAUUUUGGUGCAGCCGGUGGCUGGGGAUCUUCCCACUGAAGAAAAGGUGGUCCGCGAUGAGUUGCUUCGCGUGGCACCUAAAGGUCGUGAGUGGGAUCGGCAGCAUGCGCUGCGCCAUGUUAUUGGCCCGACAGCUCAAGAAGCCAUCAUUGACAGCUGCAUCGACCCGAGGUAUCGCCUUCCGGGCGACUAUGUGCGUCGGAAUGGACGGGGUGUGCUACUGGACGCACGUGGACGCCCGAUGCGUGUGACGAGGAAGUUUGUGACGAGAGAUGCUGAAUCUGUUUUGCGUAGCGGUGCCUGA